CUCGGAAGAAACCAAAACUAAAAAACUGAUUAUUGUUAUUUCUGGCUGUGUGUUGUUUGAAGUGGUUCAGGUGCUCGGCUCCACUUAUCUUUAAUCUUCAAUCAAACAACAACGGUACUCGUACUCUCUCAGGAAUAGGAAUCAGAUAGAGAGCACAAUGCUCAAUUGCUCAGGUUGAGGUUAAUCGCUAGUUACCCUCUGAUUCCCAAGAAACCCCACCGGGUUUGUAGCAACAGCGGUAAGCUCGGGAGUUACUAUGAUUCUUCAUCUAUCGUCAGAUAUGGCGGAAUCGGCGACGAUGGUAAGAAGCAGCAACUUCUUCUAAGCGUUACGGUGAAAGCAGUGGAAGACAAAGGUAAUAAUGGAGGUGGAAGCAUGAGUUUCUCUGGUCAAAGCUGGGAUCCCAGUUCAGAGAUUGAAGUUCCUUCAGACCAAAGACCCGGGAUGUAUGGAUUUGGGUAUCGAUUUACAUGCCACGGUAGCUGAAGCUUUGCUGCAUAGAAAGCGAAACCACAGAGUCGAUCAUUUGAAUCAGAUAGAGAUGGUUAUUGAGGGAGUCCGUCAGAAAGGGUUACUGCAGGCUGCGGACAAGGUUCUCUGGAAAGGGAAUGGGGAUCGGUACAAACAAACUUUUCACUCUAAGGAAACCUGGGAGUGCAUAAGAUUUCAAGGUCAGCGGAGAACGUGGUAUAAGGGGAUUUGGUUCUCUCAGGCUACCCCCAAAUACUCUUUCAUCGUCUGGCUAGCAACUCUUAACCGGUUGACAACCGGAGAUCGCAUGCAGCAAUGGAGCACAUCAGUGGAUACGUCCUGUCCCCUCUGUUCUGCUCCUCUGGAAACACGAAAUCACCUGUUCUUCACAUGCCCAUACUCGGCGGAAAUUUGGACGAACCUUGCCUCCAAGCUUCUUACGACCAAAUUUACCACGGUUUGGGAGACUAUCCUGGCUCUCCUCACAGAUAGCUCUCUGGAGAAGUCUACUCUGUUCUUGCUAAGAUACACCUUUCAGGCCUCAGUCCACUCCCUAUGGAAGGAACGAAACAGCCGCAGACAUGGAGAACCUCACGUCUCUCCUGCACUCUUCAUCAAACGCACUGAUAGACUCAUAAGGAACCGGUUGCUUUCCAUCCACGCUAACGAACACUAUGCACAAUGUUUGUCUCUGUGGCUAGCUACACGAUGAGACGGCCUUCACCAAAUUAGGCAUCUUUUUCUAUCUUUGUCCCUGAUUAUAUUUCUACACAUUUCUUUUUAAAUUUUUUUAGCUCUACGCUGCACUUGAUGUAA